AUUAAUCUAGCUUAGGUCGAGUCCAUUCAAGAGGCGUUGUUACAUAUAUAUGGAUUCAAAAAUUAAAAUUUAAAAGUGAGAUUUAAAUGUGGAUUGAUUAAAUAUUAUUAAUACAUUAUUCUUUGCUUGAGUUUAAGAGUGAACUAAAAUGGAAAGUGCUCAUCUAAGGGAUUGACAAAUAGAUGAUUUGGUUCAAGAAUGUAAAUUAUACAAAUUUGCAGCAAGCUUCCAUGCGUAAACUAAACAAGACCCAAGGAGGAAGGAAGGAAUGUGAUGAUCUUUACUCACUGACAAGUAUUCUCGACUGUUGUAAGAGUUCAUGCUGAUUAACAAGAGCUAGGACACUGAAAUGCAGUUUUAGUUCUUUCUCCUCGACUGGGCAGUCUAUGUAAUCUCUGUAUAUAAAUGAGGAAGAAUUUGGUGAUUUUACUACUUAUUCUCUUGAUUCUGCUUCUUGGAUGUUCAUCAGCUUCAGCAACACCUACUGCAAAAGUGGUCUGUGGGGUUGUCACGAAUGUUGUCGCUACUCUUUUUAAAUGGUUGGUGUCUCUAAAAUCUGAGAUGGAACCAGCUUUUUCCAGGAUUAAAUUUGAGAAAGGAUACAAUAUUGAAACUAUCUUUGAUGGAAACAAAUUGGGAGUUGAGCCAUACUCUGUGGAGGUUUCGCCUGCCGGAGAGGUCUUCAUUUUGGAUUCUGAAAACAGCAACAUUUACAAGAUCACAACACCACACUCUCUGUAUAGCCGGCCUAUGUUGGCUGUUGGAUCACCUGAAGGGUGCUCUGGGCAUGUGGAUGGGAAGCUGAGAGAGGCAAGGAUGAACCACCCAAAAGGGCUAGCCAUGGAUGACAGUGGAAACAUGUAUGUUGCAGAUGCCAUGAACAUGGCAAUCAGAAAAAUCACUGACACAGGAGUUGUGACAAUUGCAGGAGGGAAGAGGUUCCAAGGCGACAGAUCGAGGGAAGACGAUGCAAAACUUUCAAAUGACUUUGAUGUGGUUUAUGUUAGAAGCAGCUGCUCACUUUUGGUUAUCGACAGAGGAAACCGGGCGAUUAAACAGGUCCAACUUCACAACCAUGACUGUUCGGAUCAGUACGACAGCAAUCUCCAUCUAGGUGCAGCACUGCUCUUUGCAGCCGGUUUCUUUGGAUACAUGCUGGCUCUGUUACAACAAAAAGUUGCAGCAUUUUCCUCGUCAAUCCACAGGCACACCAACCCAAUCCAACCGGGCUUAGUUCCAACAGAAGAUGAACACAAGAAACCUGCAGAAAACAUGUUUGUUUCCAUUGGAAGACUGCUACUCAACACUGCCUCAUCUGCUACUGAAAUGUUUGGUCGAACGUUGUCUGCGUUUAGAAAGAAGCCUCUGCAGCCUCAUUUUCAGCAGAAUCUCCAUUACUCUCACAAGCAUUCUCAAUACUAUACAAAUACAAUUGGUUAUGAAGAUGACCUCCCAUUUUCAGACCUGAGAUACCCUCCACCAAGAACAUCAUCGUACUCGUCAAUGCCCAAAGAACUGGAGAGGACUCAACAUUUCAGACAACACCAUCAUCAGAAGAAACAGCCAUCAAGUCCUCAGACUUGCACAGAAGAACGCUGUGAAAGGAAUGAGGUUGUGUUUGGGGCAGUUCAGGAACAAGAUGGCUGCGGUGAAUCAAUGGUGAUAAAGAAAAUUGAUUAUUCAGAUCCUGCUUAUAACCAUUAUAACAUCCGAUCCAGAUACAGGAAUUGAAUAGCUAUGUAUCUCGUUAGAAAUGAGAGAAAUAGAGAGGUGUUUAGGAUAAAGGAAGACGACAACAUAGAAUUUGUUUAUACACUUUACAGAUGUGUAGCCAUAUUUACGCCUAUUUCUCCGCUUUCUCCCCCUUAUAUAUAUCUGUAUCUAUAUACACGCCUGUAAAGGCCGGGAAUCAUUGGGCUGGGCUCUCCGAGUCUCCGGAGACGGAGAGCCAAAUUUCUGUAACUUUCUCUUUACAAAUCACAAAGCCCUAAUUGCAAUUGCAAUUGCAAUUAGGGCUUUCGACUUGUAAAGAUCGUAAAUUUGUUUUCUUUUCCGAUUGUUUUCUUCUGUUAUUUUUUGGGGGAUUGUUGAUUGAACAUGGAAGAUGCAGACGAGAAUGAUGAUUUUGAGGAACUGGCGUUACGGAGAAGGGGAUGUUGUUUGUGGCUUCCGUGUUUCGGCCGGCGGCCGGCCGGCGCGUGGGAGCGUAUUCCGACGUCGGAGAGCUAUAAAGAGGAUUGGUUGGGGAAGAGUACGAGUGCACUGAAGAAAGUUCGGGAGUGGUCGGAGCUCGUCGCCGGUCCCAAAUGGAAGACCUUUAUCCGCCGCUUCAACAAGCACCGUUCCAAACCCGUCAAGUUCCAAUACGACCCGGUGAGUUACGCGCUGAAUUUCGACGAGCAGAGUGGUAAUAAUCUGGACGACGGUCAUCUCCCCCGGGAUUUCUCGUCGAGAUAUGCGUCUAUUCCGGCGACGGCCAAAUCGCCGAUGGACCUGGGCAAGGACGCGGAUUCAUUCACGUGAAUAUUCCAUUCAUUCGCUCUCUUCUCACUUCGCAUUGGCACUAACGUCCGCGUCACCACCUGGGCGGGAAUUGCGGGCACAGAUUUCGGAGUUAACAAUGUUCACCCGAAUCUUGUCGUUUGACUUUGUCAGCACAUACUCAUCUCUGCUCUUCCAGAUGCUUUGUACUUUCCUCCUUCUAUUCUAUAUUUUCAUCCUGUAAAGUAAUUUAUUACUCCAUAUAUCUGUUGCUUUCUUAUA